UGUCAACCUGCCGCAACUUCGUGUGUUUACUACUCACUCAUCUGUUAUGUUAUAUAAAUGAUACGGUAGUAGUCUCCGAUAAUGAAGUAAAAAUAGCGUUAAAUAUUGCUUUAUUUUUUAUUUCGUGCUGAUUGGUCUCUAGUCCAGACAUUCAUUGCCUGUUUUUUUUACGACUGGGGAGUGGGGUUGCAGUCUGGCCUCUAGCCGCGGCUGCUAAUUAGCUGAAUAUUUUCUCAAUAUCGUCCUGCAUUGAAACAUGUUUAUUUUAUAAAUAUGAUGGUGAGGGGGACUCUGUAAACUAAAUGACUGUCAGAAAUAUCGCCUCCAUUUGUAAUAUGGUAAGUAGUCAUAGCGCUAUCGAUUGCCUGCUGCAGUCACUGUUGGGCACCUUGUGUAAUGACAAUGAGAGAGGGUCAUUGUCGAAUUGCUCCUGGGGGCUCGAGCUGAUCGGUUGUAGCAAUCAAUCCACCGGUCCUUGCUUGACGGGGAUGCAAAUGGGGCGGAAUGUUCCAUCAUUUCGGAAAUGUAGCUAUAUCUUGAAUGAAUCAUCAAUCAAGUACAAGGGAGGAGCAAAACCCACAGACACUCGGCCCUCCCUGGAAUGAGUUUGACACGUGAUCUAGAAGGUCCCUAGGUCACACUUAUAACUGUAUAAUUAGUCCUAAGUACAAUGUAACAAGUAAUUAUAAUACGCCUAGUUGUUACACUGUGCGUGAAUAUUUAGUCUACACAUUAAUAAGGACAAUAAUGUAAAGUGUUACCUUUCUUAACUAACAGCACCACCACAAAAUGGAAUGUGUUCAUUGAAUAAGGCAGUUGAUAAAGAUUCAAAACUUGAGGAAAGUGUCAUGUUUUGAAGUUCAGUAGCAUUAUUGUGACACAGAGCAUUUCAUUGGUGAUGAAGGGACCUAUAUUGCCAUCAUCUGGUCUUUGUUGUUUUUCUCCUUUAUACCAAUGUUUGUAAGCUUUGAUUGAACAGUAUUAUUUAGAUGAGACAAGCAAGUGUACGUUGUCUAGUUUGAUAAAACACUAAAUGUGUCUUUGGGGAUAUGAGGACAGGCUCAGCGGUGUGUGUGCAAACGUACAUAUGUCUGUAUGAGAAAGUGAAGCUUGGGAACUCAAAGUCAAAACGAAAAUCAGAGACAACAAAGCAAAGUAUUCUGUUCUGCUUUGACUGAGAGAAAAUUACAGUGAUUUAAAGACUUUAGCAGAAGUCUCUCAACAAAGCCACGGUUUCAUCUGGAGCCUCUCUAAGCUCUGGUUAGUCAAUGGGCUCUGUCAGGAGAUAAGUGCCCUGUCUCUACACUAACAGAAUGUUAAAUGCUCUUGAAUCUUUACAUUGUAAUAGCCCCCCCCCCCCAAGUGAAGAGGUUGGUACUGAGUAUCUCAGACGAUGAAACCAAAGGAUUCCUGAUUUCCAGUAGUAUGAAUAAGCAAAGUUUGUGUUUGUGAUGGGAAACUGCGAGCUUCAUGAAAACCAUAAAAGGCUGGAGUCGACUGCCAUUCAAUGUCAGAAAUAAUCCAGGCAUUUAUCUGAAGCAAAGGUUAGGCUAUUAUGUGAAACAGAGACGUGCAGCAUGUGACCUCUCUAUAAAGAGGUUUUGGUCUGUCAGUUCCCUGCUAUAUACUUACCAAGAUGACUCCGAGGCCAGAGAGCCCUUGGCCAGAUCCACUAGCUUAAGGGUUUGCAACUGUCUACCUCUUUGCUCACAAUACACUCACUGAAGAAGAUAGAACAGACACGUGUGGUGUGUGAGUGGGACACUCCAGAUGAUGAUGUGUAGCCUAUUUCAUGCAUAAUAAGGAUGUUUUGACAGUGCACAUUAGAGCUCAUGUUCUCUCUCUCUGGUCUCCCUUAGGGCACCAAUGCCUCUGCUCUGGAGAAAGACAUUGGUCCGGAGCAGUUCCCAAUCAACGAACACUACUUUGGAUUGGUCAAUGUAAGUGUCAUUCACUCGGUCACCUUCUGGAUGAUCAUUAUAAACACAGGUGUCCUUUUCAGAACAAGCUGUCCACUAGGUCACUACUGAGUCAUGUUUCACAUUGGACAGGUGAUUGGUGUUAACGCUUUGUAUUAGAAACAGGUUGUUUUGUCUGUUUCACUGCUAUUUUAUUUCAGUUCGCAAAAAAAACAAAUCUUUGAGGAACUUCUGUUACCAACUAGUCUGUUAGCCAACCCUUCAGAUGGAGAUAGUUGAUACUCAAAGCAGAGUUUGGCUGCACUAAGUUGAUAUUCAUUAAUCUAUCUGGCUCUUAUAUCCUUUUUAGGUCUAAGUACUAGGGUUGCAAAAUUCCUGGAACUUUCAAUAAAUUCCCUGUUUUUCCCGAAAUACCGGUUGGAGGUUUCCCGGAAUCAGAAGAGAUUAAGCAGGAAAUCCGCAAUCCUCAAACCAGGAUUUCUGGAAGACCAGGAAAUGUAUUGAAAGUUCCCUGAAUUUUGUAACCCUAGUAAGAACACUCAGCAUAUAUCCUUGUGUAUACAAACAGUCUCUGUUGGAGUUGACAGUCAUGCUGCAUGCAUCUUCUCUCCAUGUUUACAAUGUUAAGUUUACCGGUCCUCAAACGCACUCAUAAAAUUCUCACCGCUCUCUCUUUCUGUUUGUCCCUGCCGGGGUGGACCCUCAGUUUGGGAACACAUGUUACUGUAACUCGGUGCUUCAGGCCCUGUACUUCUGCCGGCCCUUCCGGGAGAACGUGCUGGCCUACAAGGCCCAGCAGAAGAAGAAGGAGAACCUGCUCACGUGUCUGGCAGACCUCUUCCACAGCAUCACCACCCAGAAGAAAAAGGUGGGAGUCAUCCCGCCCAAGAAGUUCAUCUCACGCCUGCGCAAGGAGAAUGGUGAGAUAGACUACACCAAACCUAAAUUCAAUCACUGUCUGCCCUGGACUGACUGGGAGAGGACUGAGUCUGGGUACAAAUCAACUAGAGGACUAUGGGGUUAUACCAUCAUAGCUACCAUGUUGUAUAGAUUAAACCUGCCAUAUGAUGGUUGUUGGUAGUAUUGGUAGUAAGUGAAACUGACUGUGUUGAUCGGUUUCAGAAUGCUGAGACCAGUUGUCUUGAAUCAAGUUUUCAGCACAGAUAGGCAUGUUUUGAGCUGGUGGUAGGGAUAGGGCAAGAGGGGCAGUGGAAGUGUUUUUGUCAGGUGAUUGUCACUGUAGGGUGAAGGGCAGGUGCAUGUUGUGGUGGCGGUAAGGUCAUUCAGAGCAUGGAACUGGAAUAGAGGCAGAUUGUUCUCAGUAGUCUGACUCCAGGAAGCUCUCUCUAUGAAUGAACAAUGAACAUCUCUGUGUGGACUAGGGACUGGUCAGCUGCCUUCUCUCUUUCAUUCUCUCACUUUCACAUUCUCUCUCUCCACUUUCACUUUUCACACACAUAUCUGAUUUAUGUGUGUCCAUGUGCAUCAAUGUGCCCUGAUUCAACCUUGAACACGACUGUUGACUGACUGACCACCUCUCCACACAGAGCCUCCCCUCCCAAGUGUUGCCCUAACAGCCCCUGUCCUGUGUCUCCCCCUACAGACCUGUUUGAUAACUACAUGCAGCAGGACGCCCAUGAGUUCCUCAACUACCUGCUGAACACGGUGGCAGACAUCCUGCAGGAGGAGAAGAAGCUGAACACGGUGGCAGACAUCCUGCAGGAGGAGAAGAAGCUGAACACGGUGGCAGACAUCCUGCAGGAGGAGAAGCAGAACGGACGCCUCAAGAACAACGGAACGGCAGUCACCACGGAGACCGAGCCCGAGAACAAGACCACGGAGCCCACCUGGGUGCAUGACAUCUUCCAGGGCACAUUGACCAAUGAGACACGCUGCCUCAACUGUGAGACGGUGAGUCCAUCAAGGCCGUUGUUUCUGGGGUAGUGGGUUUUAUGUUCUCUGGCAGUGACUGAAAUGGGUGCUCGUAAUUCCACCAAGUGAGACUAGUCCACACAGAGAUGUUCAUAUGUAAGAAUACUUUAUUGAUCCAUUUUCCUUACAGUCCACGAAAAUGUGUCUCUUGCUUUUUUACUCAACCCCCCAAGACCCUUCCUCAGCAGUGUUGGUAAUACUUUGUCAGUACCCUACCAAUCCAUCUGUUCCUCUGAGUCCCUGUGAGUCUUGUCCCUGUCCACCCGCUGUGCCCUCGGCUGGUGCUGGGGUGAAUGAUUGCGUCCCACAGAGGGAUUAGCUCUGUCUGUAAUAAAGGAGGAGAUGAGGAGAUGGUGAGCUGAGCUGUGACCGAGAUCCUCCACACAGCCCCCAAAGGCUGUGUCACCGGCCUCCCAUUAUGCCACUCUCAGAGCGGAAGAGCAGAGGGAGGGAGGCAGAGAUUGGCCCCAAACAACCCUCUUCACCACGCUACAGGCACUCAGCUUCUCACUGAUACAUCCUUACAACCCUAUCAACACAUCAAAGAGACCCGCUCUCUCAUCUCGUGUGCCAGUGUGUGAUCUGGUCUGGUCUCAGAGUAGGGGCAUCAUCAGUGCCUUUCAGCCCGUGAAGAGGCCAGUAGUACACUGAUUAAUCUCAUCUCUCUCUCCCUGUUUCUGUGUGUGCGACAGGUCAGCAGCAAAGAUGAGGACUUUCUGGAUCUUUCUGUGGAUGUAGAGCAGAAUACAUCAAUAACACACUGUCUCAGGUAAUAUUUACAGUGCCUUAGGAAAGUAUUCACACCCCUUAAAUCUUUCCACAUUUUGUUGUAUUACAAGGUGAGAUUAAAAUUGAUUUAAUUGUCAUUUUUUGUCAACGAGCUACACAAAAUACUCAAACGUCAGUGGGAAUAAAAUUCAAGCAUUUCAAAAAAAUAAAUAAAUAAAUAUAUAUAUGAAAAAUAAAACACUAAUGGGAGUAUACAGAACAUUAGGAACACCUGAUCUUUCCAUGACAGAAUGACCAGGUGAAAGCUAUGAUCCCUUAUUGAUGUCACUUGUUAAAUCCACUUCAAUCAGUGUAGAUGAAGGGGAGGAGACGGGUUAAAGAAGGAUAUUUAAGCCUUGAGACAAUUGAGACGUGGAUUGUGUAGGCCCAAGCCCUGAGAAAGUGUUAUGGGUACUCAGGGCCUCCCGGGUGGCAGCAAUGCAGGUAGAGUUGGGAGAGAUGCCGUUAAUGUUAAGGAGACAACAGCUAACCAUGACAUAUUGGGUAACUCUACAAGGACAUAAGGUUACACAUCCUUAAAAAAAAGGUGCUCCUGGAGUGCUGGGAACAUGAACGAAAUCUGAAUAAAAGUUUUGGGUGGAUCGCCAAUGGCAUGGCGAGAGAGAUGGGGUUGUUUGGGAGGGAGUUUAGCCCCUCUGUGGUUCUUCCUGCUAUCCCACCUUGGUUGCUACCUCUGCCAGUGAUAGCUCUAGGGUUGCUUGAGGGGGUAAGAGAUGUUGAGGAAGGAGUAGAUUAAGUUGUAAGUGAACAUUUUAAGAACACAAUACUAUGCUUUCUUGAACAUAUUCACAGAUGGAUCUAAGGAUCCUAAAACAGGGAGGACAGGUGCAGCUUUUAGUGUUCCUGAGUUUAAGGUGGCAGUGACAAAAAGAGCAAUAGAUAAUUUAUCUGUUUACACAAUGGAGUUGCUGGCCAUACUAUUGGCUGCAGAGUGGGUGUUGGAGGUGUGGCCAGACAGGGCAGUCAUCUGCUCUGACUCCAGUGCAGCACUGAAGAGCUUAAAUUCAUUUGUAUCUCAGAGCAGACCGGAUGUAUUGUAUGAGGUUUUGCAGUGCUUGUAUAGGGUGAGACAGAUGGGGGUAUUUGUGAUGUUCCUAUGGGUACCAGCUAAUGUGGGAGUAGAGGGGAAUGUGGAGGUGGAUGUUAUCGCCAAGCAGGCUAUUAAACAUCAUAAUGUUGGAAUUGUCAAUCAGUAAAGCAGAAGCCAAGGGGUUGAUAAAAACAGUGGUUAAAAAAAAUGGCAAGAGUUGUGGGAAAGGGAAGACACCUGUAUAAGAUUCAAGAAAAGGUGGGGGCAGGGAGGUCCUCAGGCUGAGAGAGAAGGGAGGAAAGUGUAGUCACAAGGCUCAAUAGUACAGUGGCUUGCGAAAGUAUUCCCCCCCCUUGGCAUUUUUCCUAUUUUGGAAUUUAACCUGGAAUUAAAAUGGAUUUUUGGGGGGGUUUGUAUCAUUUGAUUUACACAACAUGCCUACACCUUUGAAGAUGCAAAAUAUUUUUUGGUGCGAAACAAACAAGAAAUAAGACAAAAAAAACAGAACUUGAGCGUGCAUAACUAUUCACACCCCCAAAGUCAAAACUUUGUAGAGCCACCUUUUGCAGCAAUUACAGCUGCAAGUCUCUUGGGGUAUGUCUCUAUAAGCUUGGCACAUCUAGCCACUGGGAUUUUUGCCCAUUCUUCAAGGCAAAACUGCUCCAGCUCCUUCAAGUUGGAUGGGUUCCGCUGGUGUACAGCAAUCUUUAAGUCAUACCACAGAUUCUCAAUUGGAUUGAGGUCUGGGCUUUGACUAGGCCAUUCCAAGACAUUUACAUGUUUCCCCUUAAACCACUCAAGUGUUGCUUUAGCAGUAUGUUUAGGGUCAUUGUCCUGCUGGAAGGUGAACCUCCGUCCCAGUCUCAAAUCUCUGGAAGACUGAAACAGGUUUCCCUUAAGAAUUUCCCUGUAUUUAGCACCAUCCAUCAUUCCUUCAAUUCUGACCAGUUUCCCAGUCCCUGCCGAUGGAAAAACAUCCCCACAGCAUGAUGCUGCCACCACCAUGCUUCACUGUGGGGAUGGUGUUCUCGGGGUGAUGAGAGGUGUUGGGUUUGCCGCUAAACAUAGCGUUUUCCUUGAUGGCCAAAAAGCUCAAUUUUAGUCUAAUCUGACCAGAGUACCUUCUUCCAUAUGUUUGGGGAGUCUCCCACAUGCCUUUUGGCAAACACCAAACGUGUUUGCUUAUUUUUUUCUUUAAGCAAUGCCUUUUUUCUGGCCACUCUUUCGUAAAGCCCAGCUCUGAAGGAGUGUACGGCUUAAAGUGGUCCUAUGGACAGAUACUCCAAUCUCCGCUGUGGAGCUUUGCAGCUCCUUCAGGGUUAUCUUUGGUCUCUUUGUUACGUCUCUGAUUUAUGCCCUCCUUGCCUGGUCCGUGAGUUUUGGUGGGCGGCCCUCUCUUGGCAGGUUUGUUGUGGUGCCAUAUUCUGCCAUAUUUUUUUAUAACCCAACCCUGAUCUGUACUUCUCCACAACUUUGUCCCUGACCUGUUUGGAGAGCUUCUUGGUCUUCAUGGUGCCGCUUGCUUGGUGGUGCCCCUUGCUUAGUGGUGUUGCAGACUCUGGGGCCUUUCAGAACAGGUGUGUAUAUAUACUUAGAUCAUGUCACAGAUCAUGUGACACUUAGAUUGCACACAGGUGGACUUUAUUUAACUAAUUAUGUGACUUCUAAAGGUAAUUGGUUGCACCAGAUCUUAUUUAGGGGCUUCAUAGCGAAGGGGGUGAAUACAUAUGCACGUACCACUUUCCAGUAAUUAAUUUUUUUGCAUUUUUUGAAAGAAGUUAUUUUUUUCAUUUCACUUCACCAAUUUGGACUAUUUUGUGUAUGUCCAUUACAUGAAAUCCAAAUAAAAAUCAAUUUAAAUUACAGGUUGUAAUGCAACAAAAUAGGUAAAACGCCAAGGGGGAUGAAUACUUUUGCAAGGCACUGUACAUUGAAAUUGGUGGGGAAACAUCUGACUGGGAGGUGUGAUCAUUGUUAGGAGGAGAUGGAGACAGUGGAACACGUUCUAUUUCAGUGCCAGAAAUAUGGGAGGGAAAAGGAGUGAUUGUUAUUAGAUUUGAGGAGUAAUGGGGUUGGAGAGCCAAGAUUAAGUGAACUGCUGGGGAAAUCUUCAGGGGAUGUAGUAUUUAAUUAUGUAUUUAAUUUCCUUAGGGAGAUGAGAAUAUUGGGUAGGAUUUAGACCUUCCCUGUCUCUGGUCCACACUCCAGUUCAGCUGUUGGCAGUAAUGCACCUUAAAGUUGGUUGCCAACUGCCAUAAAAAUCCACAGAAGAAGAAGACAUGGAUUGUGUAUGUGUGCUGUUCAGAGGGUGAAUGGGCAAGAGAAAAGAUUUAAGUGCCUUUGAACGGGGUAUGGUAGUAGGUGCCAGGCGCACCCGUUUGAAUGUGUCAAGAACUGCAACACUGCUGGGGUUUUCACGCUCAACAGUUUCCCAUGUGUAUCAAGAAUGGUCCACCACCCAAAGGACAUCCAGCCAACUUGGCACAACUGUGGGAAGCAUUGGAGUCAACAUGGGCCAGCAUCCCUGUGGAAUGCUUUCGACACCUUGUAGUCCAUGCCCCAACGAAUUGAGGCUGUUCUGAAGGCAAAAGGGGGUGCAACUCAAUAUUAGGAAGGUGUUCCUAAUGCUUUGUGUACACAGUGUAUCUUGAUUACAUAAGUAUUCAACCCCCUGAGUCAAUACUUGUUAGAAUCAACUUUGGCAGUGAUUACAGCUGUCUUUCUGGGUAAGUCUGUAAGAGCUUUGCACACCUGGAUUGUAAAAUAUUUGCCCCAUUAUUAUUUUCAAAAUUCUUCAAGCUCUGUCAAAUUGGUUGUGUUGAUCAAUGCUAUACAAUCAUUUUCAAGUCUUGCCAUAGAUUUUCAAGCAGAUUUAAGUCAAAACUGUAACUCGGCCACUCAGGAACAUUCACUGUCUUCUUGGUAAGCAAGUCCAGUCUAGAUUUGUGUUUUAGGUUAUUGUCCUGCUGAAAAGUGAAUUAAUCUCCAGUGUCUGGUGGAAAGCAGACUGAACCAGGUUUUCCUCAAGGAUUUUGCCAGUUUAUUUUUUUUCCUGAAAAACUCCCCAGUCCUUAACGAUUACGAGCAUACCCAUAACAUGAUGGAGCCAACACUAUGCUUGAAAAUAUGGAGAGUGGUCCUCAGUAUUGUGUUGUAUUGGAUUUGCCCCAAACAUAACACUUUGUAUUCAGGAAAAAAGGUUAAUUGCUUUGCCACAUUUUUAACAGUAUUACUUUAGUGCCUUGUUGCAAACAGAAUUCAUGCUUUGGAAUAUUUUUUAUUCUGUACAGGCUUCCUUCUUUUCACUCUGUAAAUUAGGUUAGUAUUGUGGAGUAACUACAAUGUUGUUGAUCCAUCCUCAGUUGUCUCAUAAAACUCUUUAACUGUUUUAAAGUCACUAUUGGCCUCAUGGUGAAAUCCCUGAGAGGUUUCCUCCCUCCGGCAACUGAGUUAGGAAGGACGCCUGUAUUUUUGUAUUGACUGGGUGUAUUCAUACGCCAUCCAAAGUGUAAUGAAUAACUUCACCAUGCUCAAAGGGAUAUUCAAUGUCUGCUUUUUUUUUAUUUUGACCCAUCUACCAAUAGGUGCACUUCUUUGCGAGACAUUGGAAAACCUCCCUGGUCUUUGUGGUUGAGUCUGUGCUUGAAAUUCACUGCUCGACUGAGGGACCUUACAGAUAAUUGUAUAUGUGGGGUACAGACAUGAGGCAGUCAUUCAAAAAUCAUGUUAAACAUUAUUAUUGCACACAGAGUCCAUGCAACUUAUUAUGUGACUUGUUAAGCACAUUUUUACUCCUGUACUUAUUUAGGCUUGCCAUAACAAAGGGGUUGAAUACUUAUUGACUCAAUACAUUUCAGCUUUUAAUUUUUAAUUAAUUUGGAAAAAUGAUGGGGUAUUGUGUGUAGGCCAGCGACAAAAAAUCUAUAUUUAAUCAAUUUAAAAUUCAGGCUGCAACACAACAAAAUGUGGAAAAAGUCAAGUGGUGUGAACACUUUCUGAAGGCACUGUACCUGUUACCUUUCUCAACUAGAACUAUUGUAUACUUGCCAACCCUGCUGUAGAUAGAGCAUCCUCUACUCUGUGUAUCAGCCAUACUGACACAGUCCCCUCUGUGUGGGUUGUGUUCCCCAGGGACUUCAGUAACACAGAGACAUUGUGCAGUGAAUACAAAUACUACUGUGAGAUAUGCUGCAGCAAGCAGGAGGCCCAGAAACGGUCAGUACACACUGUUUAGCUGUGUGUCAGUCUGUCUGUCUGUGUGUGUGUCAGUCUGUGUAUAACUCCUCUGUGUCCCUAUAGCAUGCGUGUGAAGAAGCUGCCUAUGAUUCUGGCCCUGCACCUGAAGCGGUUUAAGUACAUGGAGCAGCUGCACCGAUACACCAAGCUGUCCUAUCGCGUCGUCUUCCCUCUGGAACUCCGCCUCUUCAACACCUCUGGAGACGCUGUCAACCUCGACCGCAUGUACGACCUGGUCGCUGUGGUCGUCCACUGUGGCAGGUAGGACACACACACACAAGAAAUUGUAUCCAAACUGAAAUCUACUGUACCUAUAGACACCAUAUUAUUCUCAUAUCACCGCUUUCCCCUUCUUUCUUCCUCAGUGGACCCAACAGAGGACACUACAUCACCAUAGUGAAGAGUCAUGGCUUCUGGCUGCUGUUUGAUGAUGACAUCGUGGAGGUGUGUGUCUCAGUCUUCUUUAUUCCUGUUUGUUGGCCAUCACACCUGUUUAUAUGGCUCAUACAGCAUGUUGCAUUAUUUGUUGUCUCACUCUCUGGUUUGCUCAGAAAAUCGAUUCCCAGGCCAUCGAGGAGUUCUAUGGGCUGACGUCAGACAUCUCCAAGAACUCAGAGUCUGGAUACAUCCUCUUCUAUCAGUCCAGGGAGUAA